AUGGGCCUGCAGGCCAUGGCAGGGACAUGGGAAGCAGUGAUGGAGGGUGACAACGUGGUGGAGGCACCUGUCCCUGUGACAGGCACUGGGGUGACUGGAGCCCAAGCCACAGGACGGUGCUGGGGCUGGUGGCAGUGGCUCAGCACCCGUGCCAGGCAGGUGUUUAUUCAUAAUCCUCAUGCCCGAGGGCAGAGAACAAGCACAAACAGAAUGGUGCAAAGUAACCAGGAUUCAGACAUUUCUCUUCUCAACAUUAAUCAAGGGAUCACUUGUCUUACUGCGGGAGUGCUGAACCCUCAGCUUGGUUAUGAUUGUCUCCUGGUUGGAACCCAGACUAAUUUAUUGGCUUAUGAUGUCUAUAACAACUCAGAUUUGUUCUACAGAGAGGUUUCAGAUGGAGCCAAUGCCAUAGUUCUUGGAAAGCUGGGAGAUAUUUCAUCUCCACUUGCUAUUAUUGGUGGAAACUGUGCCCUGCAGGGCUUUGACUAUGGAGGAAAUGACCUUUUUUGGACAGUUACUGGAGACAAUGUUCGUUCGUUAGCCCUCUGUGACUUUGAUGGGGAUGGCAAAACUGAGCUCCUUGUUGGCUCUGAAGAUUUUGACAUCCGGGUGUUCAAAGAAGAUGAGAUCAUUGCAGAAAUGUCAGAAACAGAGACCAUCACAGCCCUGAGCCCCAUGUAUGGCAGUCGCUUUGGCUACGCUCUCUCCAACGGGACGGUCGGUGUUUAUGACAAGACAUCUCGUUACUGGAGGAUCAAGUCUAAGAACCAUGCCAUGAGCAUCCAUGCAUUUGACCUGAACUCUGAUGGGGUGUGUGAGUUGAUCACUGGCUGGUCCAAUGGGAAGGUUGAUGCACGCAGUGACCGAACUGGGGAGGUCAUCUUUAAGGACAACUUUGCUUCCUCAAUUGCAGGAGUGGUGGAGGGGGAUUACAGAAUGGAUGGGAGCACCCAGCUGAUCUGCUGUUCCAUUGAUGGUGAAGUCCGGGGUUACCUGCCAGGAGGUGAAGAGAUGAAAGGCAACUUGAUGGAUACAAGUGCUGAGCAGGAUCUGAUCCGAGAACUUAGUCAAAAGAAACAAAAUCUGCUGCUGGAAUUAAGAAAUUAUGAGGAAAAUGCCAAGGCUGAACUGAACGCUCAGUUGAAGGAAGCUGAUGGGCAGAGAGGUGUGAUUCCAGCAAACACCCAACUCCAGACAGCCCUCUCAGUUAAUCUGGGCUCUGACAGCCAGUCUGCCCACGUGGAGCUGUGCAUUUCCACCACAAAUGACACAAUCAUCCGUGCUGUGCUGAUCUUUGCUGAGGGCAUCUUUGAAGGAGAGAGCCACGUGGUUCACCCCAGCAUCCAGAACCUCUCUGGCUGUGUUCGUGUUCCCCUCACUCCACCCAAAGAUGUCCCUGUGGAUUUGCACAUCAAAGCCUUCGUGGGUUACAGGAACAGCACACAGUUCCAUGUGUUUGAGUUGACAAGGCAACUCCCCCGUUUCUCCAUGUAUGCUCUGAGCAGCCCUGACUCGGCCACUGAGCCCCUGAGCUUUGUGAACUGCACAACAAAUGAGAGGUCCCAGAGGAUUGUUAUGUGGCUGAACCAGAGCUUCCUGCUACCAGAGGAUGUGGAGUUUCAGAGUGCUUCCUUUCAGGUCUGCUUCACUUCCCUUCGGAAUGCAGGGCAGCUCUGCAUCAAAAUCAAGCCUGGAGGAGAGAUUUCCAUCCACACGGAUGAUAUUGAUCUGGCUGGUGACAUUAUCCAGUCAAUGGCCUCCUUUCUGGCCAUCGAGGAUUUGCAGGUGGAAGCAGAUUUCCCAGUGUACUUUGAGGAGCUGCGGACGGCGUUGGUCAAGGUGAACGAGCACCACGCAGUGAACCAGAAGCUCAGUGCUGACAUGGCCGAGCGCUCCGUCCUGAUCCGCAGCGCGCUGGUGCAGGCCGAGGAUGCACGGCUCCUGGGAGACAUGAAGAACAUGAAGACCCGGUACAGUGAGCUCUAUGAUCUCAACAGAGACCUCAUCAAUCAGUACAAAAUUCGUUGCAACAAUCACACAGAGCUGCUGAAUAAUCUGAAAGCUGUGAAUCAGGCCAUCCAGAGGGCUGGGAGGUUAAGGGUUGGCAAACCCAAAACCCAAGUGAUCAGUGCUUGUCGGGACGCGAUCAGAAGCAACAACUUCAACAUGCUCUUCAGGAUCAUGUGUGUGGGAACUGCCUCUUCUUAA